AGGCAAUCUGCCCAAGCGCGGGACCACCACCCCUCCGGCCAAAAUCCAUCACGUCACGUUGUCCUCCCCGUCCUUGCCGAACCGACGUCGGCCGUCAACCUCCAGCAUGGCCGCUGCUUUUGACGACGAGGACCUCUCCGUCACACUCCCACCCUACAACUCCGAUCGCCCUCGUGACCCUCGUGACCCUCGUGAUCGUGCCGGCGGGACCAAUCCUCCUCCCAAUUCCAACAUUCCCGCCAUGGCGAUGCCUCCGCCAUCCCGCCCGAUCGGAAAGGGCGGCGAGCCUCCGAUGCAGUCCCCGGCAACCACCAGGGACAUGCAGCGCCUCGACCAGUAUCAGACGGUGAAGAUAUUGGGGGAGGGCUCCUUCGGCAAAGUGAAAUUGGCAAUUCACCAGCCGAGUGGUCGCCAGGUCGCCCUCAAGAUCAUUCCCCGUCGCAAAUUGUUGUCUAGGGACAUGGUUGGUCGUGUCGAGCGUGAGAUCCAAUACCUCCAAUUGCUGCGGCACCCUCAUAUCAUCAAAUUGUACACUGUCAUUGCCACCAAAACGGACAUCGUCAUGGUAUUGGAAUAUGCCGAACGGGAACUUUUCGACUAUCUGGUAAAGAGAGGUCGGUGCAAUGACGCUGAAGCUCGCAAGUUCUUCCAGCAGAUUAUAUGUGCCGUGGAGUACUGCCACCGCCAUAAAAUCGUACAUCGUGACCUUAAACCGGAGAAUCUUCUGAUUGACAGCGAGAAGAAUGUCAAAAUCGCAGAUUUCGGUCUAAGCAAUAUCAUGACGGAUGGAAAUUUCCUCAAGACCAGCUGUGGUAGCCCGAACUAUGCAGCGCCGGAGGUUAUUUCCGGGAAGCUGUACGCGGGACCAGAGGUGGACGUAUGGAGCUGCGGUGUCAUCCUUUACGUGCUGUUGGUGGGAAGGCUUCCGUUUGAUGACGACUACAUACCGGCACUUUUCAAGAAAAUCGCCGCGGGCAACUUUCAUAUGCCCGCCUACAUAUCAUCCGGAGCCGCUCGGUUAAUUAGGUCUAUGUUGCAGGUACACCCUGUUCAUAGACUUACCAUCCCUGAGAUUCGUCAAGAUCCGUGGUUCCUUCAAGACCUACCUAAAUAUCUACAGCCACCACCCGAAGAAUUCAUAGCUACAGGGGUUGAUCCGAACAAAGCAAUAGACCCGCGUAAGCUGGCUCCGGGAAAGCCGCUAUCAGUGCAGCACAAAAUCCACCAGGUGGCCAUCUCCAAGCUGGAGAGAAGUAUGGGCUAUGCCCGCGAUGAUAUCGAGGAUGCCUUGAAGAACCCCGAACCUAGCGCGAUCAAAGAUGCUUUCUUUAUUAUCAUGGAGAAUGAGAUGAUGCAGACGAACUCACCAACAGACGAUAACAUGAUGGGGGCCCCGGUAGCACCCUCUCCACCCCCCGAUCGAAUUACAAAACCAACAGCAACGAGCGGACGACCGACUCCUGCUCCUCCUACUCCGGGAACCCCUCCUGGACCUUCUACUCGGGCUCGAAGUGGUUCUCAGCGCCAAACCUUCCAACUACCCCAGCAGAGCGAUUCCGACGACUUGAAUGCUCCACGUGUGAGCCAUGUCAGAAUCUUACCAACGAGUCUACCAUAUGUCCACGACCAGCUCAUGGAACAGCGCGAACGGGAGCAAAAAAUGCGGGCUGCGGACCGAUUGUUGGAAGAGCAAGCACAAGGUGGUCCAGAGUCCGAAGGGGACUCGCGCCGUGGCGGGCGCUCACCAGAGGAACAGGAGGCUACAGCAAGGGCUCUGAAGCCACAUUCUCGUAGUAUUAUAGACCUCGAGAAGCUGCGUUUGGAGCCGCCAGGAGGUCGGAGUGCCCCCCAUCAACCCAAAAAGUCCCGCAAAUGGCAGUUUGGCAUUCGUUCACGCAACCAACCCUAUGAGGCAAUGCUCUACCUCUACAAAGCCAUUGAAGCCCAAGGCGGAAUUUGGGAAAUCCAGCCCACCGGUGCAGAAGGGUUACAAAUCGGAGUCAAGCCACCUGAGCCAGACGAGCCUUCGCCGUUGCAGAGCAAGUACCCCGACUUACCAUCUGACUACUAUAUUCCCAAAGACCCGUGGUUCAUACGGGCCCGCCUUCUAAAAGAAGGCGUUAGAGCUCCAGGUCCGUCGACAAGCGUUCACAGCAGCAGAAGUGACUUAGAAGAACUCCGCCGUCGCUUCAACCUUUCUAGUGCCCCGGCGUCCCUGGAUGACAGGAAUCUAACCCUAGAGCAUGCGAGCAUCUCCGGGCCAUCGUCUGCAACACAACAUCUGUCGAUUGCGCGGAUCUCUUACGGAGUGUGGGUUUUCGUCGACAUCCAACUGUACCAGCUGGAGGAGAAUAAUUACAUGGUCGAUUUCAAGUGCGACGGGUAUCAGAAUGUGAUCCGCGGCGAAGGUGACACCGACUGGCAUCCCAUCAGCAAGCGGUUCCGGAAUAAGGAAAAGGAGGUUACUAGCCCUUAUCCAUUCCUUGACGUGGCAUCGGACUUGGUGGCCCAGCUAGCGGUUGCCAGCUGAAACCAUAGCGAUUUUGUGGAUCCAAAGGCGUUCCAUGGGUGUUUGGAGCAUAUGAUGGGUAGCAUUCGGCGUUCCCUUGUUCUUUCUAAUCGGUGUCUUAAUGAAGGUACGCCGCCUAUGGUAUGCACCCAGCUUGUAUCGGAUGCAUUUUACAGGUAGAUAAAGCAUUGCACCAAUUCAUAUUGA